AUGGCAACGCGAGCGAAAAAACGGGAACGAGAUGAACAUGUGGGUCAGCGUCUGCCCACGAAUCCUCAACGUUACAACGGCAAUUUUCCCGUUUUCAAGCAACCCAAGAUUAUUGGGCAUUUCUCCCUCUCUAAUGCGAGGGAAUAUUUCCCGGACGCGAGAAAUCUCGGCUACUUCGUCGCGCCGGCUUGCGAUCUUGAUGAAAUUGAUGGCCCGAGUGGCGCACUACUUUCCAAACCCAUGGAAUUGACCUUUAACGCUGACGCAACGACCAAGAAGGACGAACUUUUGGAUGAAGGGUUAAAGCACCUGUUCCGAUGGAUUUCGUUGAAUAAGUCGAGCUUUGCAGUAGCUGGAGCUGAGCAUCAAAGACCAGUGCCUGCGAAUUUCGUGUGCUUCCGUGGCCUUUUCACCAAAAUCUUGGCGACUCCGUUCGAAGGGCCGCGAAGUAACCCGUGGCUUAUUGCGGCGACGAAGUUCAGAGGAACCAUCUACCUCGAUUUACGUAAAACGGACGAAGAUGUUCAGGCAAUACUCGACCGGACGGACGUCAAUGAGAAGUUCACUCGCUGGGGAUACAAGUUUGAACAGUUUCUGUUUGCCAGUGAGACACGAUUCGACGUUGAUGCGUCCUCAUGUAUAGAGAGACGGUUCAAGCUGCUCAAGUGGUGGGCGCAGCAAUUCACAGUGGGAAUACCAUUUGUGCACGUGGGCUGGAGAGACGGCGGCGGGAGGGUGAAGCGGGUGCAGCGCCUGAAAACGCAAACCAUGCACCAUCAAGCCCGUGAAUUCUGGACCCCUCAAACCUGCUUCAACUUCCUGCUGUCCUUCCUUCGCUGGGUGAAGGACUUGGUUUCCGAGGAUGACCCGAGGGUGGUGUACUCAUUCCGCUGGGACCCCGGGUGUCCCGGCAGGCCUGUGGUCUGCAACCGCCUGUCGGACCCCGAAGCGAGCAAGAUGAGAGUCAUUCCCGAAUGGUUUGUCCAGGAUCUCCUGGACCAGCGGAAGACGUGAAUCCGUCUUGGUCCUUUCACGAAUCAGGCAAAAAAGAAAAGCAGAUUGAAAGGGAGUUAGAGUACGCAGCCCUGCCGCAAUUACCUGUUGUUUUUCUUCCACUGGGUCAAAAGGACUUGAUGCUAGAGGAUGAUGCAACGAUGAGGGUGUUCAUACCUUCCAUUACUGGAGAUGGGGUUCUGGAUUUUGCAAGGAGCACGUGUAUCGAAUCCGCAUUUUCGACAACUAAUCCCGACUUCGUGAGGGUCAUUCCGGACUGUUUCUUGAAUAUGCAAUUGGGACUGGGUCUCGAAACUGGCUUUUGUGAAGAAUCUUCAGCAUUUCGUGCUGAUUUCAGUUUUCUCAAUUGUUGUAAACGCGCGCGGGAUCUCAUUAAAAAUAAAAGGAAGCUUGUUUCUGAAUCCAAAA